ACUGCUAAGGUCUAGGACUAAGGUCAAGAUAAAGUUUAAUGUUUACAGAAGCACUAAAUCUUUCUUCCAAUAUCGAAAGUAGACUCGCUCAGGAUUAAAGUGAUCUAAUGAUCUAGAAUUAGAAAGAUCUAGAUCUAGAUUUAAAUCGGUAUAAUGAAGUCCAUUACUCUCAAAGAGGCUCUUAUACAAUUGAAAAAAGGAGUGAUGACUGUAAAAGAAAUUUGUCAUGCUUGUCAACAAAGACUUGAGAAAACAAGAAAGCUAAAUAUAUUUAUCUCAGAAACACAAAGUGAAGAUUUAUUAAGACAAAUUCAAUCUUCAGAACAAGCCUAUGUUAAAGGUACAGCCAAAGCACUAGAAGGCAUACCUUUAGCUUUCAAAGAUAACUUUUGCACCCAAGGAGUCCACACAACAUGUGCUUCAAAAAUGCUUUUCAACUAUGUUCCUCCAUACGAUGCUACCAUGGUAACAAAAUGCAAAGAAGCUGGUGGUAUCAUUGUAGGAAAAACAAAUAUGGAUGAGUUUGCAAUGGGCUCAGGAAGUUUGGACAGUUGUUUUGGUCCUGUUAUAAACCCUUGGAACUUGACUGUACCUACAUCAAACUCUACUGAGACAGCCUCUAGUAGUGAAAUAAGUGCUAAUGAAGUUUCACCAGAUUGGUACAUAGCAGGAGGAAGUUCAGGUGGUAGUGCUGCUGCUGUGGCUGCUGGAACUUGCCUAGCUGCGUUUGGUUCAGAUACUGGUGGUUCCACUAGGAACCCAGCAAGUCAUUGUGGAGUAGUUGGUCUCAAGCCAACAUAUGGUCUGCUGUCAAGACAUGGACUUAUUCCACUAGUCAAUUCUAUGGAUGUUCCUGGUAUAGUUACAAAGACUGUUGAAGACAGUGCCAUAAUGCUGAACGUAGUGGCAGGACAUGACAUAAUGGACUCCACAUCUGUUUCAUCAACUCACUCUCCAUUUCAUAUUUCUAGAGAUUUAGAUUUAUCCAAGCUACACAUUGGCUUACCAAAAGAAUUUCAGAGGCUAGAAAUGUCAGAAGAUGUUCUUUUACUAUGGAAGAAAACUGCAGAUAUUUUAGAAAAAGCUGGUGCUAAAGUGUCAGAAGUCUCCAUGCCACAUGCACAGUAUUGCAUAUUGUGUUACCAUGUUUUAUGUUGCUGUGAAGUUGCUUCAAAUUUUGCUCGUUAUGAUGGAAUUGAAUAUGGGCUACGUUAUGGCAGUGAGAUGUCUACAGAAGAAUUGUAUGCUGAAAGUAGACACAAAGGUUUUAAUAAUGUUGUCAGAGGCAGGAUUCUGGCUGGAAAUUACUUUUUGUUGAAAAAGAACUAUAACAAAUAUUUCAUCAAAGCCCAGAAAGUCCGCCGCCUCAUUAGCAAUGAUUUCAAGUCCGUCUUCUCCAGUGGCGUAGAUCUAUUAUUGACUCCUACGACACUUAGCGAUUCCCCACUCCACAGCUGGUUUACUCAAGAAGAUAACAGGACUCGUUGUGAGGAACAAGAUAUUUUCACCACUCCAGCCAACAUGGCAGGAGUUCCAGCCAUAAGUCUUCCACUAGGACUCUCUAAACAAGGUCUGCCAAUAAGUCUACAAAUAUCUGGACCUCAUUUCAGUGAAUCAUUAAUGCUCUCACUUGCACACUGGCUAGAAUCACAGGCUCAGUUCAGUCAUUUGAAUUUAGAGUUUUUAGAUCAGGCUGCCAUUUCAAGUAAUAUAGUUCAGUGAUUAGUAUUUUUUUUUUUUUAAGAAAUACUGUUUUUCAUACUAGUUUUGUAAAAUUUUAAUUUCAUGUAGAUCUUUGUAUCAUCUCAACUGUAAAUAAAGUAUUCAUUAACAUAA